AUGUCAAAUGGAACUGGCUCGCCUAAUUGGGACGAGUUACUGGCAGAUGGAGCUAUCACAAAAGUCAGCUCUCCUGAGAGUGGCACUGAGCCUGCAACUGCAGAAAACCCAGUUCAACCAUCUUCAGUAGUCGAUCCGGUGGGAGAUACUGGAAUCCCAGAUCUUAGGACGUAUACAAAAAAGCGCACCUUGAAACAAGAUCAGCCACAUGAAGCAAGGCGUAAGAGUGGUAAUGCGUGGAAGAAUGCCAGUCCUCUAUCUCAUGAGCAAGCCAUGCAAAUGGAAUCACAAGAAAAAAGGCGAAGGGUGAAGACAUCAAAAACAAAGCCAGUGGGUACCGUAAAGACUAAAAAGUUCAAAUCUCGCAGAGAUUACUAUCAUGCAAGACUCAAAGUCCUUAAAGAACCUGGAAAUGAAUCAAAACUACAAGAGUAUAAAGACAGAAUUUCAAAGGACAACAAAACUUACAUGGCUAAACUCAAAAAAGAGGUAGUGGACGGAAGAGCGUCCGAACAAAGAAAAGAAUUAUAUGAAAAGCUUGACACUCCUGCUCAACAACGGAUCGAGCCCGAAGGUAUUCCGGCUACAGCACAAGUUCCUCAAUGGGCUGCAAAAAAGCAAGCGAGCCAAACGCCUAAGGCGAUAAAGCAGCGUGAAAGGUUAGCAAAGUUGAAAAGUGAAAAUCCUCAAGAAUAUCUUGCUUUCAGAGAAAGGGAGAAUCAAAGGAUCCGACACCUUAGAACAAGCUACACGGAAGAAGAAAAAGAAAAAGAUAGGCUGCAACUUAAAAAUUCCCAAAGAAGAUUCGCAGAAAGGCAAAAGAUUGCAUUUAAAGAUCCUAAGAAUGCUGAUUCAUUAAAAAAGCUGAGAAAAGCAAGUUCGAAAGCAAGUAUAGAAUACUAUCGCAGACUGACUCAUGAUGUCCGUACAGGUAGAGCAAGUGAAAAGCGCAUAAAAAUUUAUGAAAAUCAAAAGAAGGGGAAGAAGGAAAGCGCUCGAAGGCAUUAUGAACGUCAAAAAGCUGCCGAUCAGGCCGCAAAAGUGACGGUGGCGGCAAGCCCGAAAAGUGGGAAUUAG